CGUCACGCACAGCCUGGAUUGCCGGAAGUCGCGGGCGGAAGUUGCUGCUGCUGCUGUUGUGGUGGUGGUGUUAGAGAUGGCGGCCGAGGUGGCACGCAGCGCUGAGCUCGGAGAUGAUAAGGUAGGCUGGAUCAUCAGGGGUGUGUAGGGGAAAGCCAGGCUUCCAGGGUUUGUGAGUCAGUGUUUAGUUUGGAUUAUGAGAACAAUCCCUCACAUCAUAAUUAUCAGGCCCAAGAAAAGCUCAGGCGGAAUGAAAACCACCAGGUGCCAUGUACUAAAACUGAUUAAAUGUGAGAAUUCCUAAAGGGUAGGGUUCCCAUGCCAACCAUGUUUUCCUGGAUGUGUUUGUAAAUCACAUUUCUAUUGAGACAUUUAGCAAAGCACAAAUCUAAGAGAUCAAGUACACAGCAGAGCAUCAUGUCCUAAGCCAGGCAUAGGCAACCUUUGGCACUCCAGAUGUUUUGGACUACAAGCAAAGCAUCAUGGGAGGUGUAGUCCAAAACAUCUCGAGUGUCAAAGGUUGCCUAUGCCUGUCCUAAGCAAUAUUUACAUAUAAUAUAUAUAUAUAUAUAUAUAUAUAUAUAUAUAUAUAUAUAUGAAUAUGUGUAUACUGCUUAUUGAUGCCUCGUUUUAGUAGGUAAGCAACCCGAUGAAAUGUGCCCAGAAGCACAAUAUAAGUAUAAUGACACAUUAAACACUACUAUCUGAAACCAUGACCAAUACAGAGGGCUGUAUGCACUGUAGUACCAGGAGCCCCUGGCAGGCAGCUACUAAUGCAGCCUGAUGGCAAAUGAAUCUCCUGUUACAUUGAUUUGGGUGUCUGAUCAUCAUGAGACAUGGAGUUCUCAAGAACUUCAGUGUAGCUAUUACCACUGUAUACUAUUGGGAGUUAACACUUGUGUAUCAUUUUACCAGGAUCUUUAGCCGUUUUUUCUUGGCUAAAAUGUAUUGGUGAAUUGUUGGUUGUACGUGGUUAUCCACCAAAACCAUAUUUGUUGUGAAACGAAAACACAAUGGGACAUUCUAGUCUAAAAUAGCUGAUUUGGAAAGAUUCUUCAACUCCGCUAUAGUCACAGCUUCUUUAUAUCAGAUUUAGGUUGGCCAUAUGGAUUUAGGUUGGCUACAGUUAUCAGGUUAGUGAAUAACCAAGUCCAUACAUAUAGCAAGCAGUGUUUUCUUUUUAUUUGCGGGGCUAUAAUAGGUCUUAUGCAGUGUCUUGACAAUUGGUUGUUCAAUGGAAACAUCUGGGUCACUUUGGGAUUAUUAUUUUUUAGAGUCUGUGUAUACAGUGUUUUCACUAGCAUACAUGCUGUGCUGUUUGAGGUGUAACUCCUUAACCAUCUUAAAACCAGAGUUCCAUCCUGGCGAAUGUUAAUUUUGUGCAUUUUGGGUGUCUGUUGUCAGCACGCAUAGCUUGCUGACUACAGAUAGCCUUUGAUGGCACUCCUCCACUCAGUGGUUGCCCAUAUACUCUUCUCAGCUCUAUCUCUGGAAAGAUCAGACUGCAGAGAGAACUUGGCAGGGGAUCGAAGAUUUUUUUUUUUCUUCUUUUCUUUCAAUCCUGGAUCAUGGCAGCACGAUUUCUGCAUCCUAAAACUAUGUUUUACUAAAAUAUUGUUUUUGCGUGAAUUACACACACACAUAUUAUCUUGUUUUCGGUGCAUUGAAGCUCUAUUAAUAAAUUAUAUUUUUUUUUAGGUUUCCUCUGAGGAAGAAUCAUCCUCUGUGACUCAAGAGGAUUCGUCAGCUCUGAAAAGAGUAGAAAGGUUAAGAAAGUUCCGAGAGCUUCAUUUGAAAAGGGUAAGAAAUCUCAAUAUGUGCAUAAGUGAGCACAGCAUUAGUGGCAAUGUGUUGUGUUGAAUAGUAGAAAGACAUACUUUAUAUAUUAUUCCAUCAUUUAUUUAUGGUUACCUGCCUUAAAUCCUUAGUAGAAUGUACUAUUAAGAAGGAACACCUGAUUAUUUGACUCUUUAAAAUAAAAAUUUAUAAUUUUCCUGUUAUUUAACAUUGUGCCUUGUUCAAAACCUCAAAUUACCUAAAAUGCUAGCCUGAUUAAGCGUUUGUUUUUCUCAAAUAUUUUGUUUUUUUUUAUUCUAAGGUUGAAUAUCUUCUUGUAUGGCAUACAGUAAAGCUUAGAACAGAUCUUCAAACCACAAGCUCAGCUUUGUACUUGCUACGAACACAUUGCAGUGACAGAAAUAGUACAGAUAAGCUAAGCGAUAAUUAAAAGUUGGUUUGGAAACACUGAUAUUCUGUGAUCUUCCCUCAUACCUCUCAUUCCCCUUCAGUGUCUUAUGCAAAACCACAAUCAGCACUAGGGAUCUCUAUGAAAGUAUGAAAGGAUAAUUUGUCUAUAUUCCACUGCAUUACUCUUGGUUUUUAUGGAAUAGUUGGGACUUCAAAAACAAUUUCAAAUUGUAGGCCAGUAUAGUACAAAUGGAGGCAUUCUCCAAGUCAGCUGUGUUUUCAAUUCAAUUUAUUGGGCCUACAAUUUCAAAUUUACCUUUUUAUUGUAGACCUUUCACACUUCCAGUGAAUAACUAUUUACCGUGUCCUGUCUUAUGGCAAAGAAUCCAUGAAACAAGCAAUAAAGACAUCAAUUACACACAGUAAGGUUUUCAACAUUUGAGCAAGAAUUCUCAAGAGCAGGAAUGCAGUUUUGAUUUUGAAUAGUAGAAAGAAUGCAAGUGUUCAAAAAUUAUUGACUGAUGGAUGGUUUUGACUUACAUUUUACUUUGACCUGGUUUUACAUUUUACAGAACGAAGCUCGCAAGCUAAAUCACCAGGAGGUUGUAGAAGAAGAUAAAAGACAGAAACUGCCUAGUAACCACGAGGCUAGAAAAGCUAGAUUAGAGUGGGAGCUGAAGGAGGAAGAAAAGAAAAGGGUAAGAACCUGCAUAAUGUUGAAUGUGUUCUAUAUCUUAUCAAACCACUCAUUGCGGUUAAUAUGAGAAACACUAGUUUUAUCUCCUAAUUGGCGCUGGAAUACAGGAUUUUUAUUUUAUUAAUAACACAAUUCUUGCUGAGAUUUCCUUAUUAUCAUCUCAAGGUAUGUACAGCAUUUCAAUGUACAAAAAGUGCUCUUUGUUCAAGGCUCUUUUAUAAAUACCAUAAAGUGUAUAAUAUUUAUAUACAAUAAAGUGAAUAUUUUAUUGUAAGCAGCUCAAACACAAUACAGAUAGUCACCAUAUAGAGUGUAGAGUAUCUGUUCUAACAAGAACUAAUAGUAACAAGUGGUGAGCGCUAAAAUAAAUAUUAAAGCUUACCCUGCAAGGUUUAAGCUAUACAGUCAACAAACAUUCCAAUCUCUUAGUCUUGAAAGCGUGAUGGUAAAAUAAGAUCUUUCUUCUUGAAUGGGUAAAAUAUCUAUAUAUACAAAAUGGUGGUACAGCUAAUCCUGGUGCAUGAACUCUUAAAAUGCAUGAGUAAAUAAAAACACACAGUGGCCUCUCACCUUCUUAGGUGCCCUAGGCCUGGCACCUAGUAUAACUACAUAUUUAUCAUUAAAGGGGAUACAGCCCUUCUUUAGCAGCAGCAGUGUAGAUUACUCCACAGAACAGCAUUUCCAUAUAGAAUGCAAUUUAUUAAACAAACAAAUUAAAAUAAAUAUAAGCAUAAACUGAAAAACGUUUCUGCUUUAUGUGAAGUCCGAUACCCAUUUUGCUGGUCCGGCUUUAUCAAUCGGUAUGCUGAGUGCUGCUGUUUCCGGGUUUAAAUAUCCCACUAAGUCUGUUGAUUGGCUAACAACGCCCGUGAUACUACCAAUAAGGGGUGUUGUUUAGGGGGUGUGUAUAACACUCCAUACAAAUAGGUAGGGAUGCAAAUGACCAAAGUAUAGAAUUCCAAGGUGUAAACAAAGGAAUAACCCAACCUUAUUUGUGAGAGCAUAGUCUGUGAUGUCUACAAGGAAUACAAACUAAACACAGUGUGGUCAGUGUAUACUGAAGUAAAAACACGCAAUAGUAAAAGGAAAUCUCACAAAAGGUCAGGGAAUGUCAGGCACAUCAUCCUUAAUUAGGUGUAGAAUGAAGUCAUCGUUAUAGUGGAAUCUUCUUACACUUUAAAGUAAAAGAGACCAGAAAAUAGUGCAGAGAGGAAGGGGGGGGGACUUUUGAAUGCCAGGUGGUCCAGUGGUGACGUUUGCAGUACAGUCUGCAGCUCAUCUGGCUGCAGGUUGACUACUCUCUCCUCCCGGGAGUACAGUGCAGUAUUGGAACGUUGCCAUGGUAACGCGCGGCAGUGCUCUGACCUGCUUGCUCAACAUGCCUAGAUCUCCCCACUGGCCCAGGAAGGCAGAUAACAGAACCUGCUCGGCAGGGGAGAUGAAACGAUCUCCCCGGUCAGCCCAUGAGGAAAGGAUCCAGCUCUGCAAAAACCAGGACAUUUAUGCGUCCCAAGAAAUAUUUUCGGGACGCCGGGACAAGCGGGCGAAAAAAGGGAUAAUCCGGAUAAAACAGUGACGUCUAGUCACCCUCGCACCCACCUCAGUCCCUAUAUUCACUACAGUCCCUAUUACCCCCUGCACCCACUUCAGCCCCUAACCAAUCACUCACUACAGCACCUAUUAACCCCUACAUCCACUUUUACCCCAAUUUUCACUACAGCCCCUUUUACCCUCUAAACCUAUAUUACCCCAUAUAGCCAACAUCCCCCUGCACUCACUACAGCCCCAAUUAUCCUUUGCAAGCACUACAGCACCUAUGCCUCCUACACUCUGGUCCUCCUCUGUACCCUGCGACUACUACUAAUAUGAAUUAGUAAUGCUCCCCAAUAUAUAUUAAGAAAUUCAUCAUUCUGCUCUAGUCAUGCUAAAGAACGUGACACGUGAUACUUUUCUUCUUCACUACUAAGCUCGUUCAUUAAAUCAUGUUUUCUUCAAAUUUAUAGGAAUGUGCUGAAAAAGGGGUUGAUUACCAUAGAGCAAAGUUACUGGAAAUUAGUGCUGAAGAUGCAGAGAGAUGGGAGAGGAAGAAGAAACGAAAGAAUCCAGACAAUGGAUUUUCAGGUAACAGAUGCGUUUAUGCAAUACGAUACUCAGGGCAACUUUCUGCUGCUGCAGACUGUACAUGUCAUUUCUAGAGCACAGGCAUUCAAGCCUGGCUUCUGUUUUUGGGUAACUACAACUACCAACAUUUUAUGAUAGCAGGCAACAUUAUUAUUAUUUGUUGUGAGGCUUCCUUUUUAUUCUUUAUCUCAUAUUAAGAGUAUGCCUAAUACUUGGCAUGUAAAAUAUGUAUUGCACUAUCAAUCUGUUUGUUUUGUAGAUUAUGCUGCGGCACAGUUGCGUCAAUACCAGAGGCUGACCAAACAAAUUAAACCAAACCUGGAGGACUAUGAAAAGGAAAAAGAGAAGCAGUAAGUGAAGAUAGCCUUUUGUUAUUGUGGUGGGGGCUCGCGUAACCCGGUCAGUGUUUUAUAGUGAACAUCUGUUACCAAUCUGUGAAUAUUAUACAAUGGCUGUAAAUGAUCUAAAACUAAAUAUAUAGGGGGUUUAUUCAAUAAACAGAGAGUUGAGAAGUGUACAAAUUAGGCCAGCUCACUGUUUAGUAAACAAACCUCAAACUGUAACAAGGGGUUUAUUAUAGAAACUCUGAAUUUAUAGCUGAACUGCACGAUUUAGGAGUUUUAAUACUGUUAAUACAAAGAAAAGGAAUACAUUACUCCAGGAGGUGCAUGUUUAUUGAAAAGAAAACUCUCCCAUUUGAAUUUCAGUUCUGCUGAUCAUAGAAAAGUUCAACACAGUGGUGUGUGUGUGUAUUUGAUCCAUAUGUCACUGUUGUCCAACAGCUGUAGAGCAUUUGUGUUUUAGUCCAUGUGAUUUUUGACCUGCUUGACAAAGACCUCUUGGCAGGUCGAAACAUUGCUGUUCUCUGCCUGCGGCUUGAACUGCCUGGAGAUUUUUUUGUUGUUACAUUAUCGUUGUGGGAUUGCUUGUCCUGUUCCAGUGCACAGAGUGCUCACUGGGAUGAAAUGCAGCUCCUACCUGCAUCUUUUUAAGCUAUAUUACAACAAGUGGAUGUACAUUACAGAAUUUGUCCAAGCGAAAGGAACUGAAGAAUUCUGGUCUGCUGUAUGUUACAGUGUAGGAGUUUGUUAAUCCCAAGUGAUCCAGCAUGUAGCAAAUGUGAGGGGGUUUUCCAGCUGUUUUGGUGAAUAUUUCUGUUUCUUCAGGGCAAAUUACACAACGAAGUGUAGAGGCGUACCAUAAUGGACUGAUUAUUGACUGACCAAGGGAACCUAUUGUUUGCAAUGCAUUCUGAAUAUAUAAAUUUGAAUAUAUCAAGAUCAAAUUAACAGAAAAUAUAUAAGUGAAAGGGUUUUAAGUACAAAAUAUGUUGGUUGAAAUAUUUUUCUUAUCACGUUUAACAAUCUUUUUUUCAUUAGUGGUGAGGAAUUUUACCCUACAUCAGACAGCCUGUACCAUGGGACACACGUUCCUUCUCAAGAAGGAGUUGAGAGAAUGGUCACAGAUCUUGAAAAACAGUAAGUUAACUUCUAUGGUUUACUACGAUCGUGUUUUGUAUUGGAUUUUUUUUUUUUUUGUAUUACUAAGAUUAGCUUUAAAGGUACACUCCACUGCCCAUAUACAAAACAAUAAAAAUCACUGUUUAAUAGAUAUACAUGCAUGCAAUUUUUUAAAUUGGGGGUAUAACUAUAAACAGCUUGCAAAAGUUGCAGAUCUCUUGUGGGGGAAAAAGGGAAAAAAUACCUUAGACACAACUGGGCAAUCCCUAAAUCCUGGACUGACAGGAGGAAAUGAUGACUGAUUUAGGAACAACUGCUUUAGGCAAUUGCCUUUCUCUUGGGUUUAGCUGCACUGAGUUAAACAACCAGGAACAGGACUAGAUAUCAGACAAUUGGUUAAUUUAGAAAAGUGCCAAUUUCAAUUAAAAUUUUAACUUUUUGUAAAAUGCUAAAACAGGACUCCCUCUUUACACAAACUGAAAUGCUUUAAGAUAUAUAUUGUAUUGCGACUUAAUAUGCUGCAUAGCAGUGACCGGCAAAUGUAUAUAGCUGCCACCUUCCCGAAGUCCUUAAAAAUCUGCCUCAUCGUAGCUCCAAAGAUUAGUCACUUUGUAUGUUGUCAAUGUGCAGUCUAGCAUAUAUGUGAAUAUAUAAUACACACAUGUAUACCUAUGCUCUCUCUAACAUGAUCUGCCUGCUAUUUAAAUGAGCAUAUAUUUGCAAUACUAAAGUGAGGGGCUACUAAAUCUUGAAUUGCACACACAUCUUAAUGAGUUCCAUACUCCAACAUUUCCAAACACGCCUGUCUUUCUGAAUGCAUGCAUUUUGUAAAGUAAAUAUUUGUAUCACAGGAUUGAAAAGCGUGAAAAAUACAGCCGGAGGAGAGCCUACAAUGAUGAUGCCGACAUUGACUAUAUCAAUGAGAGGAACGCGAAAUUCAACAAGAAAGCAGAAAGGUUUUAUGGAAAAUAUACAGCGGAGAUCAAACAGAAUUUGGAGAGAGGCACUGCUGUGUAGAUUUGGAUACGUAUUCUGGAACCAUAACAUUGAACUUCUUAAUUAAUUUUGGAGAUCUACUAUUGGAAACAGAACAUUAAAAAAAAUCUGCCAAUUCUGAACCCCAGCAAUUUUAAGUGGAAUUGUACUAAUGUUUUUGGUGGAUGCUCUUCUGUUGUGCAGCAUUUUAAGAUUAAAAAAAAAUCACAAUUCUUGUAUUUAUUAUAUCAUAUCGUGCUUUUUGGUUUGUGGUUUGUCUAUAAUCAGUUGUGGAAAUAUGUGAUAUAUUUUGCUUCCCUUGUCAUAGAAGAUCUUAUGGAUUUCACCCUCCCCUACACCUAAACCAUUUUAUAAACUGCUAGAGAGCAAUUGGUUAUCACAGAGAUUAAUGUGUAGAUUUAUUUCAGGAGUAUUCAUACGUUGGAUUAAAACUCUGCCAAAUGUAGUUGUUGUGUUACAGUGGGCUAAUAAUCUGCAAAGUUUCCUACAGAAAAAAAAUACAUUUAAUGUUUAUAUUUGUUGCAGCUUAAGCUGUCAAACUGGAUAGCCUAAAUUAUAUUCUCUGUAAAUUGAUCUUUUAUAAAAAAAAAUUUGUAUGAUAGAGGCAUUUUAUGGCAUUAUUAAGUUUUAUCACAUACUCUAGUGAAUUCUUUAGUUACUUUUUAUUUUUUUUUAUUGCACUCCUAGAAAAUGCUUCCUAAGUAUCAAAAAGUGGUUUCAACACUCAAGUUGUGCACAUAUAAAGACCAAAGUCAAAAUAAUAAAAAUGUCUAUACAUUUGUUUUGGAUUGCUUCAUAAUUUUUUUUCUUCAUUCAGGCCAAAAGUCAGACAUACAAAAAAAAUGCUGAAUUUUUUUUUUUUUCCAUAAGUAGCUUGCAUCACGUUAGAUAAAAAUCGAUUUAAUAAAAACUGGUUUAUUUUUUAUAUUAAAGGGAUACUCCAGGCACCCAGACCACUUCUGCCCAUUAGAAUGGUCUGGGUGCCAACUCCCACUACCCUUAACCCUGCAAGUGUAAUUAUUGCUGUUUUCAUAAACUGCGAUAUUUACAUUGCAGGGUUAAGUCCUCCUCUAGUGGCUGUCUACUGUCUACUAGACAGCCACUAGAGGAACUUCCGUGUUCGUAGAUUGUAGAAUAAAGAUUAUUCAGUAUGAAGCAGGGAUUAGUUAUGUAGCAAAAGGCUGUAUAUUCAUGCAAAAUUUACAUUUUUGGUAAAUUUAACUAAUCAAGUUAUUUGAACAUUUGUCUGCAGAGAUAACUUGCACCUUUUCACAGCAAAAAAGUUACAAAAAGACCAACCCCAUUGUUAUCCUAAUCUUUGAUCACACAAUUAACACCUUACCUUAAAGGUUUACCCAAACCGCCACAGUGAUUUGAAAAGGUCAUGGCGCUUCAAGUCUGUAUGUGCAUAUUUGUGUAAGCUUGGGUUAGUGCACCUUGAAUAAUUUAAUCAUUAUCUAUGUAUUUCUAAUGGUAUAUUACAAAACAGCUCUGAUAUAACUCAAACUAAUCUGAAAAGUUAUGUUAUUCUAAAUAUGAAAUUGCCAUCUGGUUGGAAUGAUCAGAAUUAUAGGAAACAGC